AUGUCGGACCAACAAAGUACUAGAGAUGAGAUUGAAGAUGAGGUAUCUUCAUCGAAAUCAAACAAAGAAAGAUCUAUAGUAUGGAGCUGCUUUGAAAGAUUUGGGCCACCGGGUAAUCAAAAGGCGAGUUGUAUCAUUUGUGGAAAAACCUAUUGUGCCAACCCAAAUUCCGGAACAUCAAAUAUGAAGCGACAUAUACCUAAAUGUUUCAUUGUUGAUGAGAAUGGUCCACCAAAGAAGAGUGUCCCCUUAGAUCAAGAAAUGUAUAAAGAGAAAUUGGCGAUUUCAAUAAUCAAACAUAACCAUCCUUUUAGCUAUGUUGAGCAUGAGGCAACAAGGGAUGUGCACACUUUUUUGCAUCGUGAUGCGAAGCCAAUAACAAGGAACACUGCAAAAGCAACUGUCAUAAAAAUAUACGAGAGAGAAAAAAUGAUUCUCAAAGGGCAGUUGAAAAAACUAAGUGGUCGGAUUUGUUUGACUUCAGUUUUGUGGACUUCUAUUACAACAGUUGGAUACAUGGCAUUAACUGCUCAUUUUGUUGAUGAAAACUGGGUGUUAAGAAAAAAAGUGUUAAACUUCAGAUUUAUACCGCCACCUCAUAGUGAUUCUUUAAAGGGACAUUUACGUUUGAAUGAGGCGUUGGUUUGUGAUGGAGAUUUCACUCACAUUCGUUGUGGUGUACAUAUAAUUGAAGGAGCUAUCGAGAAGGUUCAUGAUUCGGUGAAGUAUGUUAGAGGAAGCGGUGCAAGAAAGUUCAAGUUCGUAGAAACCAUCCAACAACUUAACUUGCAAUGUGGAAGGCAAAUUUAUCAGGAUGUUCCAACAAGGUGGAACUCUACAUAUCUCAUGCUUGAUUGUGCAAUAGCUUACAGGAGUGCUUAUGAUGCUUUGGAGUUAGUGGAUCCAUAUUAUCUCACAUGUCCAUCUAUGGAAGAAUGGGAAAGGAUCAAAGUAAUCACAAAAUUCUUGAAACCUUUCUAUGAAAUCACAACUUUGUUUUCUGGGAGUUUUUAUCCCACUUCUAACUUGUAUUUUCACCAAGUGUGA